CAUUUAUCAGGAAAAGCUAUUUUUCCAAAUUUCCCUUGCAGAACUAGAAAGGGAAAGAAAGACCAACUUCUCUCUCUUUGUUUUCAGUCUGAUCUUUUGCAUUGCCUGCCGACGAGAGACUCAGUCUCGUGAGAUAACAGUUACCACCCACCAGCAGACCAUUGCAGAUGCUCUAGUCUGGCAAUCUCAGCCGUUCAUUUCCAAAUCUCGCAGAUCUGAUAGCUGGACCCAAUCCCAUCAGCUGAUUUGUUCUUGAUUCACUGGAUCAGAGAUGCCGGUGGCUGCUUCCGCCAUCUACUUCUUGAACCUCCGCGGUGAUGUUCUCAUCAACCGUCUCUAUCGUGACGAUGUUGGUGGAAAUAUGGUGGAUGCUUUCCGCACACAUAUUAUGCAAACAAAAGAACUCGGAACAUGUCCUGUGCGGCAGAUUGGUGGAUGCUCUUUCUUUUACAUGAGAAUCAGCAACGUUUACAUUGUGAUUGUAGUCAGCAGCAAUGCCAAUGUAGCCUGUGCAUUCAAGUUUGUUGUUGAGGCUGUUGCACUGUUCAAAUCUUAUUUUGGUGGGGCUUUUGACGAAGAUGCAAUUCGUAAUAAUUUUGUUCUGAUUUAUGAGCUAUUGGAUGAAAUUAUGGAUUUUGGUUACCCACAGAAUCUUUCUCCAGAAAUUUUGAAGCUUUACAUCACUCAGGAAGGAGUGCGCUCUCCAUUCUCUUCUAAGCCUACAGAUAAACCUGUCCCUAAUGCAACACUACAAGUUACAGGUGCUGUUGGUUGGCGUAGAGAGGGCCUUGUUUAUAAAAAGAAUGAGGUCUUCUUGGAUAUUGUGGAAAGUGUAAAUCUUCUUAUGUCUUCCAAAGGUAGUGUUCUGCGCUGUGAUGUAACCGGGAAGGUUCUAAUGAAGUGCUUUCUCUCUGGAAUGCCCGAUUUGAAGUUGGGCUUGAAUGAUAAAAUUGGCCUUGAGAAAGAGUCGCAACUUAAAUCCCGUCCCACCAAAAGUGGGAAAACUAUCGAGCUUGAUGAUGUUACUUUCCAUCAAUGUGUAAACUUGACGAGAUUUAACUCAGAGAAGACAGUUAGUUUUGUGCCUCCUGAUGGUGAAUUUGAAUUGAUGAAGUAUCGUAUUACUGAGGGUGUGAAUCUUCCAUUCCGAGUAUUGCCUACAAUUAAAGAACUCGGCAGAACUCGCAUUGAAGUAAAUGUUAAGGUCAAGAGCGUUUUUGGUGCAAAAAUGUUUGCUCUUGGGGUUGUCAUCAAAAUUCCUGUGCCAAAACAAACAGCAAAGACAAGUUUUCAAGUGACAUCUGGUCGAGCAAAAUAUAAUGCUGCUAUUGAUUGCUUGGUCUGGAAGAUAAGGAAAUUUCCAGGACAAACAGAGCCAACUUUGAGUGCAGAAGUUGAGCUGAUUUCCACGAUGACAGAAAAGAAAUCUUGGACAAGACCACCAAUUCAGAUGGAGUUCCAGGUUCCAAUGUUUACAGCGUCUGGUUUACGUGUGCGUUUUCUCAAGGUAUGGGAAAAGAGUGGAUACAACACUGUUGAGUGGGUUCGCUAUAUCACGAAAGCUGGUUCAUACGAGAUUAGGUGCUAGAAACACGGGAUUGCUGCUGUGAGGAGAGGAAUUUCAGGUGGAUGCUGGAAUAUUUUAUACGAUUGAGUUGAGUGGGAAGAAAUUAUUCAGGAGUUUAUAUUGACGCGGAUAAAUUAUAGGGAUUUCUAUUGCUUGUGUUUUCAUGUCGAUAUGCUUGUUUGCCAUGAAUGUCUUGUAUCCUGUUGUAAAUGCUAGGUUACUCUAGAACUGGUUUUGAGCCUUUAAAUUUGUUCUUUCUGUUUCUAUUGAGAAAACGUUUACUGCGGUUCGGCACACUUUCAUUUGUUGAAAUAAUGAGAUUGUAAGUGAAUUUGUGAUGGCUUAGAUGGAUUAGUGAAUUCGGCAUCACAUUCCGUAA